GCCGCCGCCUCCCCGAACCCCGACCACGUCCUCUGCCACCUACCGUCUCGACAAGUUCCUAGGGUUUCACGCCGCCGCCGUGGCCGUCGCCUCCCACCUCCCGCCACCGCUGCCUCCCACCUCCCCGGGCCCCGUCCUCUGCCGGCUACAGUCGCCUCCCGCCACGUCCCCUACACCAGCAGAACGACGCUGCCGCCCAGCUCGCCUCGCCGUCAUAUCGUUCGAUUGAGAUGCUGCCCGUCCAGUAUGGCCAACUGGCCGAUGAUGGAGAUGAGGCAAACAAGGCGUGGACAGGGGAGAAGAGGCGCCGCAAGCACCUGCCCCCAUCAUCUUCCGAUGCUCCUGCCACUGCCCACGACCAUGGAGACAUGGAGGAGGUCACCAUCCAAGGGUGCCAAGAUCCGAUUUCUCAUGCGACAGACAUGGAGCUGCUGCUCAGAACAGAUUCGGCACACGAAGAAAGCUACGGGCAGAACUCCCUUAUCAGCGAGGAAGACCAUGGAGAUAUGGAGGACACCAUCAAAGGGUGCCAAGAUCCGACUUCUCAUGCAACAGACAUGGAGGGCACCAUCCAAGCAGGCCAAGAUUAUGAUCUGCUGCUGAAAACAGAGCCGGCAAAAGAAGAAAGCGAGCAGUGUUUCGGGCCGUACUUCCUUCUCAGCAAGGAAGACCAGGCCAAGGAUCGUCAAUUUUUGCUUGCCAAUAUUCAGAAGGAGGACGAUUAUCCUACUGACCUGCCACUUUAUUUGACACGGGAGGAACACCGCAAGAUAGAAGCGCGCCUUGCACGCUAUCGCGUCGCUUAUUACAAGGUUGUGAAUCCGGAGUGCGCACGUCAGCUCAAGGAACCAGAAGAAUACACCGAUGAUGAACUUCUUAACGAGUCGUACUUUGCGGGGUUAGAGGAUGAUGAAAGUUUUGAGUGGUACAUCCAUCGUGAAGACACGUACAACAUUGAAUUGAAUGACUACCAACGGAUUGUCCCUCGUAAUUUUCUGCCUGGUAGGAGUGGAAACCUGUACGGCUAUCAUGAUGAGUACCGCUCACGUUAUCAUACAUAUAAAAUUGAUGAUGUUUAUGUCAAGUACUAUGCAGAAAUUUCAAAGAAAAUCAAGUGGAUUGCAGAUUUUUUGCAUCUGGAUCGCAAGACUAAGGAUUGGAUAGAAUGGGAUACUAGAGCAUGGAGGCAAGCAUUGAGGAUUGCAACUGGCUUUCCCCAUAUGACUGAAAAAUUAGCUGGUUAUGCUUAUGACGAGUACAUUACGGAGCUGGAAAUGGAUGCGUCCCUCAAGGACAUAGAUCUCCUCUAUUUUGAGAUCUGGAGGCUUGUCGCUAAAGAAAAUAGAACUUACAAAGAGGCUGUGAAGGAAGUUUAUGAGUCUGGCGAGUUCCCUAUACACAAAGCAGUACUACAUGCUGAACUCAAUGGGGGCCAUAUCUUUGUAACGAUGCAAGAAAUGAUCUACGCUGUUGUCCUGGAGGGUGGCAUUGAACUGACUGACGAAGAGAAGAAAGCUAGGGGUGUGUUUAGGAAGUUAUCUUUCAGCAUGCAUAAACCACUGAACAUGGCUCAGUAUGCUCAGAAGAAGGUGGAGAUAGCAAAACAGUUGAAGCUGGACAAUGAGGAUGGAUUUGUUCCUUUUAGACCCUUUGAGUUCUGAAAGGGAAAGAGAUUUGUCCCAUUUGGCUUGAAAUGAGGCAUUAUUAUCUCAUAUUACAGCAAGACGGAAGUAAUACGAAGAUUGUAUCACAUACAUAACCAGCCCAGUCUGACAUUGUGGAUGAUUCUUGGCUCAUGUUUUAAAUUAGCGGACAUCCCCCGUUGUAAUGUUAUUCACUAGAGUGAUGCUUGGUUUGUUUUUCGCAUUUGUUUCUCAUUUGCCGUAAAACAUAGUAAGAUAGUGGUCGCAUGAUGAGCAGGUCUUUUUUGGACCUGUAUGAGUAACAAUAUACUAGUAUUAUGCAAUGGAUGUAUGCUGGAGUUGGAAGACCAUAAUUUUGAUUGUGGCAAAAAAUAUGCUUAGCAGUGCAAA